UAGAUCGUUUUCGAAAUGUUGUUGUUAGGGAUUCUUACCUUACUGGUAGGGGCAUCAUUUCCACGCACAAACGCUAUUAUGUUCCGGUUAGCACCAAAUGCUCAAAAAUGUUUGAGAGAUGAAAUGCAAGGGAAUCAGAUUGUAGCUGGUGAAUAUGAAAUAACAAACGCCCCAGGACAAAAAAUUGACUACGUGGUUCGAGACACAAAAGGACACAUCUUGGCACAAAAAGAAGACAUCUCUAAAGGAAAAUUUUCAUUUACUUCGGAAGUUUACGACACAUUUGAGAUAUGUUUUAUUUCACAAGUACUACCAAACUACCGAGGAAUAGAGCAAGAGGUUGCUCUUGAUGUCAAAAAAGGAAUCGAAACAAAAAGCUAUGAAGGGAUUGGCGAGGCAGCAAAAUUAAAACCUUUGGAGGUAGACUUGAAACGACUUGAAGAUCUAUCGGAUGCUAUUGUGCAGGAUUUUGCGUUGAUGCGAAAAAGGGAGGAAGAAAUGCGCGACACAAAUGAAUCAACAAAUAGUCGGGUGCUUUUCUUCAGCAUUUUUAGUAUGAGUUGUUUAUUAGGUCUCGCUACUUGGCAAGUCUUAUAUUUGAGACGGUACUUCAUUGCAAAAAAACUAAUUUAAUCAAUUACGCAACUGUUACUAUUUUUGCUUUCUUCCGUUGCAAUA